UCCAAACGAUUCCCUUUCGGUCGAGCGGUGGGCGGAGGAAGUCGGGUUUGAAUGUCAAGUAUCAUGUGUCUGAGGACGAAGAAGGAAGGAAAAAAAACAGCUCCAGCUUCUUGUUGAGUUAGCAAACCCCAUCGGUUCUCUUUCCUGUUCCCAACAUCUGGCCCACAGCUGAAAACUAUUAACAUCGGCCGGAGCUUCCUCCACCGCACUCGUCCUCCGCACUCGUCCUCCCCCGGUCUGAAGACAAGUGGAUUCUAGGCCGACGCUCCGGGAGGGAACCUCGGGGCCGCGAGUCUCCACUAUGAACCGAGCCUUCACCAGGAAGAAAGAUAAAUCAUGGAUGCACACCCCGGAGGCGCUGGCCAAGCAUUACAUCCCCUACAACGUCAAGUUCCUCGGAAACACGGAGGUCGAAGCCCCGAAAGGCACGGAGGUCGUGAAGGACGCGGUCAGGAAGCUGAAGUUUCAGAGACACAUCAAGAAGUCGGAGGGACAGAAGACCCCGAAGGUGGAAUUGCAGAUCUCCAUUUACGGCGUGAAGAUCCUGGAUUCCAAGACGAGAGAUGUGCAGAACAACUGUCAGCUGCACAGGAUUUCCUUCUGUGCGGACGACAAGACCGAUAAGAGGAUCUUCACCUUCAUCUGCAAAGACUCGGAGUCCAACAAACACCUGUGCUUCGUGUUCGACAGCGAGAAGUGUGCGGAGGAGAUCACGCUCACCAUCGGCCAGGCGUUCGACUUGGCCUACAAGAAGUUCCUGGAGUCCGGAGGCAAAGACGUGGAGACCAGGAAACAGAUCGGGAUCCUGCAGAAAAGAAUUCAGGAGCUGGAAUCUGAAAACUCUGAGCUGAAGGAGCAGCUACAAGGUCUGGAAGAGCAGCUGAUGAUCGCUCAUGUGCCACCACCGCUGCACAUAAACGCCACCAACGAGGCGUACAUGCUGCAGAGGCCCUCGUCUCUGUUCUGGUGCCGCGGCGUGGCGGCGCAGCUGGAGGUGUCCUCCAUCACGCUCACCCCCAUGAGCUCGCCGGAGUCCAACCUGUCCAGCGGGCUGCUAACUCCUCCUCCUCCUCCUCCUUCUCCUCCUCCUGCUCAACAUGCUCCGCCUCCUCCGCUUCCUCCUAAGCCUCCCGAGGGAUGCAGCAUCCCGCGGCCUCGCACGGGGAGCGUCUCCACCAAACCGCUGUCGACGGACGCUUUCGACAUGGUUCCCUUCUCCGCCGUGACACCGCUGGUUCCCGCGGUGGCCAGUAAUGGCUGCCCGCCGCCGCCACCGACGACCACGUUACCCCCGGACAUACGGAAAGACCUGUUCGGAUCGGAGCCGUUUGACCCGUUCACCUGCGGGUCAGCUGACUUCCCUCCAGAUAUCCAGUCGAAGCUGGACGAGAUGCAGGAGGGGUUCAAAAUGGGACUGACCUUAGAGGGCGCCGUCUUCGCUCUGGACCCGCUAGACAGCCGCUGCUGAUGCCACGAAGAGGCUUUUUAAAAUUUGUAUGAAGAAGUGCCAAAAUCCAGUCGAGAUGUCACCGUUUUUCCAUCUUGAGGUUUAUAUGCAUUUGCAUUUAGAUUGUUUUUAGUUUUUUUUGUGGAAAUAUGUCACGGUAGACUCGGAUCCAUUAUAGAAAAGAAAUAUUUUUGUAAAAGAGGAAAACAUGAAGUACUUUUGCUUGCACAGGCAAUGAGAUGUAAAUAGUCGAAUAUGUCCAGUGGUACACUCUGGGGCAGCAUUUUCAUAUGAAAUAAUGUGUGUGUAUGCACCAUUUGAACUAUAUUGUUGUAUUGUUAACACAUUCCUGUUUGUAUGCCGAACACAAGCUGGCAAAGAAGAUAAAUGCAAUCUCAUUAACACGGGCAUCAGCUUGCCCAUGACAACAUAUAGGUUACUUAACAGUCUGUAGUUCAUUGAUACAAUCUGAUCUUAUUAUUUUGGGGCGGGGGCUUGCCAAUCUUUUACUCUUUUAUUUUUGACAUUAAUUUUUAGAUUUUUUGGUAUUUUGCAGGUUUUAGUUGCCAUUUUACUUCUCAUAUCUUUUAAUUGUGAUAAUUUUAAGUCUCCUCUUUUCUUGCACCAGAAGGCACUGUUGUUGACAGCCGCUGUCCAAAUAGAGUACUUUUCCAUUUUUUUAAACAACUUUUGGUUGCAUCGACUUUGCUGUUACAGAUAAUAAAGAAAAUCUUACUGUGAAAAAAAA